AUGGAUGCUGACGGCGUGCCUGUGCGAACGCACUUGUCGAUGCCUUCCGCAGCCGAACCGUCGUUGGCGGCAUCGACCAUUGAUAGAGGCAAAUUUGCGUCUCCACCCGCAACUCCGUUUCAGUUUGCGCAGCCGAUUCCAACGGAAUCCGCGGUAACGUUUUACUUUGUAGUUUUUUUAUGCAACCGCUCUCCCAUUUUUCACUCUAACCGCAUUCCUCUGCGUGACGACACGCCACCGUACACGCCCGGCGACAUCGUCUAUUUUGGCCCCUCCGAGGAGGUAGCGCAGCAGAAGCUGCAAGAAUUAGCGUUUCCCCUUGGGUUUGGUUGCAAGAGCUCGUUGACGCGCAACGGGCCCCUGUGGAACUCCCGUCUGGAGUCCGUGCAAAAAAGAGGCAAAGUGCGGUACCACCGCUUGAUGAUCGCCUCCACAUUUGUCGUCUCCGUCGCCGUAGAAAACGGUGAGUUGCGGACGAUGCAAACGAAGUACGCUGCCGUCGCGCUUGUUGUCACUUGCCCAGCAGAUCGGCCCUACCGUCAGUUCUUGGAGGAAAACUUUGAUGCUGUUGUGCGGAACAUGUUGCAUGUCGUUCUGAGCUUUGCAAUGAAGGCGACACAACUCUUCUUUUUUAGGCUUUCCCCAACAACCGUCGUGGGGGAGCUGGUGACGGAGUUGGAGCGAGACCCUCAGGCGAUACAAACGUACGGGACGUUGGGUGCAAUUCUUGUCAAUGCCUUCGCACAUAGUCAUGCAAUUCCACGCCUGCACAGUCGGAUUUCUUGCACGGAUGUCUUCAAUUUAUCUCGUAGUUCCUCCAGCCAACCACACAACACGACAGAGACAGUUGGGGACCUUCUGAGUGGUGCUCUCCGUGUUUUAUGUUCUUUUAGUGAGACCUUUACAAGCCGUUUUAUUGCCGGCCUGUUGUCGUUGUCGAAUUGGGAACGAUGGGGCUCCGGCCAAUCCAAUGUGGAUCCGCAGCAACAAGGGCACCGCACUGGGGACGACGGGGACAGAGUUGAUAUCUACGGGGACUACUGGAAUCGUAUGGAAAUGGUGGAGAGAAGUAGUAGUGGUAGUGGUGAUAACAUUAAUAGUAGUGGACUUGUAUCCCCCGUAUUGGAACGGUGCAAAAACAUAGGCAACAACAACAACAACAACAACAACAAUACAAGCAGUUACGGUUACACUGAGAGUAAUGCUGCUACCGCUGGGGCUCAGGUUUUGCAUAGAUUAGAUUUUAAUUCCGUCUCAAGGACAACAUCAGCCGUUUCGACGACAGCGCAUAGCACGGCUCCUAAUACUGAUGUCGUUUGCUCGCUUUCGUCUGAGCGUGUGGGACGUGUGGUAAUCUUCUGCACGGACCCCGAACUGGCGCGAUGUUUACUUAUUUUGGCGGCCUUUUUUUUCCGAGAUCAUCGUGCCACCGUGGGCAUGUCAAGCCGUUUGUGCGAUAAGGCACCUUUUGCGGGCAAAGUACUUUCAUGUAUCUAUCCCUCCUUUCCGGUGCAGUGGGUAAUGGAGGAGUAUGAUGAGACACGCAUGGACCGUUUACUUUCCUUUCCAUACUCUGUGGAUAACCUGCUUCUUGUCAUUGCCCCGCGUGUUGGUGUUUGCAAUCGCAUAAAACUCGAGAAGAAAUUUAGUCUUACCCCUAUUUUGGUGGAGAAGUUCAAGAAAGGCUUCCACCCCGUGUGUCCCUUUCAGCAACGCACUCUCAGUGUUGUAAAGAUGCUCCCGGACAAAAUGAUAUCCUCCGCACUUCGGGAGGCGCGGCGACUGCAGGAGAAGAGUCAUGGGACAGUGAACUGCGCCGUAUUUUUUGAGUUUUUUAUGUUAUGGCUUGUACGACAAAGCCAGUUAUGUCAUUCGCAGCAACGUUUUGCUGAGGUGGAAGCGACUUCUGUGUCUGUUGCUUCUACGCCCUUGAAGGUUGAGGGCUCCACGCAUGUCUCCUCCCGCAUCGGAUCCCACGUAACGAAGCUUUUCUCUUUUUUUUCCCGUAAAAACGGUGACGUCGUGGAUCGUCGCUGUUUCCCCCAUCGGGUUUUCUCUGGGACUGCUUCACCUUCCAUCGACGUCUCCGCGACGGCGCGUCCGGGACGUGUUUUUUCGGAUAACGGGUCCGACGGUAUGUUCGGGUGCGUGCACGAGAACUCGCAGCUGAUGAGUCUUCUGACGAAGUGCUGGACGAGCAGCCGAGAUGGCCCGUGA